CCCCUAUUGCGUGCAGGUUUUUCCCCACCCUCACGGCAGCCACUUCAACACACGGACUGAAUCUGCAGGGCGCCUUUUUCCAUACGUUGAUAUCUGCACUACUCUUUUCCGCGUUGGUUCCUGUGCAGGACCAGUUCAAUUCUGUAAUGGAAGAACCCUACGACUUUUCGGACCCGAAUUCUGCAACAGCCGUGAAGCAAAACCUUGACGGCCCUGAUCCACGAGACCUCAACAACAGCUCUCAAGCGGCUCCCAAUAGCAACUGGCCAGCAGCGCAAAGCUCCGAAUAUCCUUCAAACUUUGGUCAUCUAGGGAAUGGCGCGCAGGAAAGCGAGUCUUUUGCCAAUAGCUUGCUGUGUCCAGGAAUACAGCAAGGGUGGCCGUCUCUCACUCCGGGGCAAUUUGCGUCGAACCAGGAGCUUCCUGAAUCUGCCUUGAGACCGUAUCCCCCGAGUCCUAUUCCACCGGGCUUCAGAAUUGGGCACCAAGAUUCCAGCGCGGCGAGAGAUCUGGCACAGCAGUCGGCUUGGUCUACUAGGUUGCCGGCGAGCUUUCCUUCUUCGUUAUCAGAUACUCCAGAUAUGUCACGAAAUCAUAGCAGUGAUGAUGGGACCACCGGCGUAGCAUCCGUGCAUCCUGCUUUUCGGUCAGAUGCGGUCCCUCACCGGCUUUCGAAACGAUUGGAGACUAUCGACUUGACUAACGCAUCUAGCGGCGAUGAGGCAACGUCGAGUCCUCGUAAACGUCGAGCGGAUGCAUCACAUGGGCACCUUUAUCCGGGCUCCAUAAACUCCAUGAAACGACGAGCGACAGAGAACUAUCAUAGCGGGUCGGCCUCUGCUUCAUCACUAUCAGAUGCCACCCCAUCCCCGACAUCUUCUCCGCGCCGGCCACGUUAUGCUCAGUCCCAGGACAUUCCAGUGCCUGCGUCGACCCCCUUAGAAUUUGGGCUACCGCCGAAUCACCCAUUACAUUUCGUCGCGAUGCAGAACGGUCCAGCUGUCUCCGGCAGUCCUUUAAGUCUCCGCUCGGUUUCCUCCAAGUCUUCUGAUGUCAUCCUCGUUGACGAGAAGCCUGCUCCCGGUCAGCUUUGUGAACAACUGAACGCAUAUCAACCCCGCGAAGUAGUUGAUCUGACAGAUAUCAACGCCAAAGAGGAGAUGCGGUUAAAGAGGGUAGCGGAGAAGAAAAUGGGAGCUCGUGAGCCUCUAGACGAGACAAACAAGGAGAUGGUCACAUUCGGCUUGAUCAACACAAUAGUGUCACCGCUGCAUUACGAAGGGUACAAGAAUAGCUGUGGAUCGGAAAAAUACACGAAAGUCAUACUCACACCCGAGGGACCGAAGUACAGUUUGAUCACGGAGAAAACUCGCCACUUCGUUGGGAAGCUGAAUGAUGAUAUCGCCGUUGCGAUUGCGCCCCUAUUUGGACACCUAUCAAUCGAUGCGCAUAUACCACGCUGCCAAUACAACAAAUACACCGCGCCGAUGACACUGAUUCUUACGGGCCCCAUUUACCUCGCCGGAUUAUUGGGGGCGCGGCUGAAGCAGGCCAACAUCCGUUUGCACGACGUUAACAAAUCCACGUCAUACAGGAUGUUCAACCCUCACAACAUGAUGAUGGCUCAGCCAAUCCAACCUGCCCCGGGAGCACUCCCUGGCUUUACGUCGGCGUAUUCUGUCAUGAAGGCUGGGACAAACCGCAUAACCUCUACGACGAAUUCGGAGACUGAGGAUGUGAAUGACCAGAUCGAUGCCCUCUACAAUGCUAUCACAUCAGCCGAGAACCUGCAGGAAGCCGAGCCAGAUUCCCGGCUUGUGACCCCGUUGUAUAAACAUCAACGACAAGCGCUGCAUUUCAUGAUGCAACGCGAGCAACCGGUCAACUUCUCUGAUUCCGCCGAUGCGACGCGAUCAAUAUGGAGAAAGACUCCUGACGGAUACCGGGACGUGAUAACGGAGACCUUGGUCCAGGACGAGCCCAAUCAAUGUUUAGGUGGCAUUCUGGCUGACGACAUGGGACUUGGCAAAACGAUCGAAGUCAUUUCGCUUCUACUGAAGAAUGAGGCAAAUGAUUACGUUUGCGCCCCACCGCCAAGAGCCCCAACAACUGUCGCUCGUAAUCCGUACCCGUUCCUUCCUGGCAAACCAGCACCACCGCCCGAGCCGGAUCCCGAUCAAUACGACGGUCUGCGACAACCAUCGCGUGCCACGUUGAUCGUUUGCCCUCUUUCCACGGUCUCAAAUUGGGAGGAGCAGAUUGCCAGUCAUGCGAAAGAAAACUCUCUGAGCGUCUAUGUGUACCACGGUCCGCAGAGACGGCAGGAUCCCGAGUUUCUCCGGCAUUACGACGUGGUUCUGACCACGUACAAUGUCCUUGGGCUGGAGUUUGGAAGGGAUUUCAAAUCGUUUGCAGAGGGAGAUCUUACCACCGGGAGAUCUGCGUUACAGUGUGUCUACUGGCUGCGCAUCGUUCUGGACGAGGCACAUGUUAUUAAAGAACGAAAUACGAACCAAGCGAAGGCCGCGAUUGCACUCCGGGGUCAAAGGAAAUGGUGUUUAACUGGGACGCCCAUCCAGAACAAAGUUGAGGACCUCUUCAGUCUGUUCCGAUUCCUCGGACUGGAGCCCUUCAACGUCUGGAAGAGUUUCGGGGCCGUGUUCUCGAAACCUUUGAAGUCGCGUAACCUGGAGGCCUCACGCGCAGCAUCGCGGUUGCAAACUGUCAUGAAACUCAUAACCCUACGGCGAACCAAGACGCAAAAGGUCGACGGGAAACCGAUCCUCACAUUGCCACCGAAACGUCAACAUGUAUAUACCCUUUCAUUGGAUCCGGAGGAGCAGAAAGUCUACGAUGAAGUGUUCGACAAGUGUCGCAACGUUUUCCAAAGCAUGAUGAAAACCGGCACUGUUUUCAGGCAUUAUGCGUUUUUGUUGGAGAUGUUGUUGAGGAUGCGGCAGGUUGUCUGUCAUGUUGGGCUGCUGAGAGAUUGGAAGCGCUUUGAUGAACUUGAUGACUAUGUGCAAGAGAAUGCCAAUCAGCAACCUUUGACGGCGGAAAGAGCGGCGCAUCUGCUUAGCCUGUUGAAGGACUCUGGAGAUGACGGGUGUAGCAUAUGCUCUUCCCAAGUUGAAGGGACUGGCGAGAAGACGGUCGUUGUGUCUCAAUGUGGUCACAUGUUCUGCAACGAGUGUGUGCGCGGCGUACUCGAAAAUGAGAAUGAGUCGGUGAUAUGUCCUCUCUGCCAAACGGAGCUACGGAAAUGUGGCCUUCGGGAGAUCAAAGAUACAGAAGCGGCCGAAAGUCUCGAAGAAGCCACAACUGAACCAGUUGAACCCAAGAACCAUAGAAAGGAUUUGUCGCAAACCGGGAGCACGAAAGUUCGCACUCUCAUCAACGAUCUCGUACACGUACGGAACCUGUACAUGGCGAACAACACCCCCACAGUCAAGACCGUCGUCUUUUCCCAAUGGACGCAGAUGCUCGACCUGAUGGAACCCGCACUAGAGAAGGCGGAUUUCAAGUACUGUCGUCUAGACGGCAAAAUGUCGCGAGCUGCGCGAACGGUCGCACUCGAGCAGUUCAAGUUUGACCCUACCGUCACCGUCAUCCUCGUCUCCCUCAAAGCCGGCGGAGUGGGUCUGAAUCUGACAAUGGCCUCACGCGUCUACAUCUUCGAACCAUACUGGAACCCAGCCGUCGAGGACCAAGCGCAGGACCGUGUCCAUAGAAUGGGCCAAACGCAGCCAGUCGACGUCAUCCGCUUCGUGGUCGAAGGCUCCGUCGAGGAGGUCAUUGAGAACAUCAAGGCAAAGAAGCGCGAACUGGUCGCCACCGCCUUCCGUGAAGAGAACCUCGACGACCAGGCCGCGGUCACCGUUCGUUCCCGGUCACGAGCCAUUUCAAAGAUGAAUCAUCAGCAGGCUAAAGAGGACCUGCAGAAGAAGCGGUUGGAUGAGCUGCGCCAACUGUUUGGGUUCAAGAAGUACGAAAAGAAUCCUCCGCCGACGCAGGGAUCUCAGCCGGCGAUCGGAUUUGUCACAGAUUCAACCCGUUUGUAGGAUAGUGUCACCCCCUUUUUGUUCUAUAUGUACUGUAUAUGUCUUUCCCCGCCGUUUAUUGUUAUCUCACGCGGAGUUUGUUAACUCGUGUGGUUUUGAACGUCUGAACAGACUCCGAAAACAGCGCGCACACUGCCGCCGUUGCGAUAUGGAUCAGAAGGUAGCUGGGAAUUUGCGCAUGCGCUACCUUGCCCCGACUCUACUUCCCAAAAGAUAGGGGCAAUGCUCGAUACCUUGGAAUGUCUAUCAAUCUGCUUUAUCGCUUCCAAGUGGGUAAAGACCUGAUUCUUCUCGGCGUCCCGCUUGGCAGGGUCGUGUUCCGCGUACGCGGCGAGGGUGGCGUCCCGCGUGGUGGAUGCUGCGGCGAUUGUUGUGGUGUCGAAGGUGUCGGUGGGUGGGGUGGAGGUUAUGGGUGGGGUUGCGAGGUGGUCAGUGGGUUGUUGGGUGGUGGAGGAAGUGCAACCGAUAAUGCGUCCACCGUUCCCC